ACAAAGAAAUCACAAAGAAAUCAUAAGUGAAGAAAUCGAAGAGAUCAAAGACGUGAAGAACACAUCAAUGGAAAUACAAGCCACUCUCUUCUUUUUUGGAAUAAUAUUCUUUUUUUCUAGAGCCCACUCGGCUACAUUCACCUUCCAAAACAAUUGUCCUUACACCGUGUGGCCGGCGUCUCUCACCGGCGGCGGCAACCCUCAGCUCUCCUCCACCGGGUUCGAGUUAGCAUCCAGAGCAUCAUCCACCCUUGACGUGCCGGCGCCGUGGUCCGGCCGAGUAUGGGCUCGGACCGGCUGUUCAGCCGAUGCCGCCGGCAAGUUCACUUGCGCCACCGCGGACUGCUCCUCGGGCCAGGUGGCGUGCAAAGGCGCCGGCGCAAUCCCUCCGGCGACCCUCGUGGAACUCACCCUGGCGGCGAACGGCGGACAAGAUUUCUACGACGUGAGCCUCGUCGACGGCUUCAACCUGCAGAUGUCGCUCACUCCGCAAGGCGGCGCCGGCGACUGCAAAGCCACCAGCUGCCCGGGAAAUGUGAACGCGGUCUGCCCGCCGGAGCUGGCCGUGAAGGGCGCUAGCGGAGGCGUUAUUGCUUGCAAGAGCGCGUGCGCGGCUCUUAAUCAGCCGCAGUACUGCUGCACCGGAAGCUUUGGUACGCCGGCGACAUGCCCGCCGACGAACUACUCGAACAUAUUCAAGGAGCAGUGCCCUCAAGCAUAUAGCUACGCUUACGAUGAUGAAACAAGCACUUUUACGUGCACCGGAGGGCCUAAUUACCUCGUGACUUUCUGCCCAUGAAAUAAACUAAAUCUGUAAAGAUGCAUUGGUUCUCUCUCUCAUGUUGAAUUUGCAUAUGCUCAUUUAUAUAUAUGUGAAAAAUAAUGCAAGCUAAGAGUUUUGGGACUG